UCAUGAACUCACAUUGUGGUACUAGACAGUAAGUUUUAAGUCCCUCCUUUAUACAGGGCAGUGGGGAGUUUCCUGGACAACAAGGGCAAGCUCACGCCCACGUCACCUGAAAGCUCUAUUCCUCUGCCCAGGUGUGUUCCAAACCCUGUGAAGCUGUUGCGUCGUCUUCCAUAGUAACUGGAUAAAAGAAGGCUGGAAACAUGUCGGAGUUUUGGUUAAUUUCUGCCCCUGGCGAUAAGGAAAAUUUAAAAGCUAUGGAGAAGAUGAACACAGUGACCUCCAAGUCCAACCUGUCUAAUAACACCAAAUUCGCGAUUCCUGACUUCAAGGUGGGGACCUUGGAUUCUCUUGUUGGCCUCUCUGAUGAGUUGGGGAAACUCGAUACCUUUGCUGAAAGCCUCAUAAAGAGAAUGGCCCAGAGCGUGGUGGAAGUAAUGGAAGACGCCAAGGGGAAGGUUCAGGAGAACCUCCUGGCCAACGGAGUUGAUUUAACGUCCUUUGUGACCCACUUUGAAUGGGACAUGGCCAAAUACCCCGCGAAGCAGCCACUGGUGAGCGUGGUGGACACUCUUGCAAAGCAACUGGCACAGAUCGAGACUGACCUGAAAUCCCGCACGGCCACCUACAACGCUCUGAAGACUAACCUGGAGAACCUGGAGAAGAAAUCCAGGGAAACCCUCUUCACUCGGACACUGAGUGACAUCGUGAACAAAGAAGACUUUGUGUUGGGUUCUGAGUAUCUGAUCACACUUCUGGUCAUUGUCCCCAAGCCAAGCUACAUACAAUGGCAAAAAACCUACGAAUCCCUCUCAGACAUGGUGGUCCCUCGGUCAACCAAGUUGAUUACUGAGGACAAGGAGGGCGGUCUCUUCACGGUGACCCUGUUUCGGAAAGUGAUUGACGAUUUCAAAACCAAAGCCAAAGAAAACAAGUUCACUGUCCGUGAAUUUUACUAUGAUGAAAAAGAAAUUAAAAGGGAAAGGGAAGAGAUGACCAGAUUGCUGUCUGAUAAGAAGCAACAAUAUCAAACUUCCUGUGUUGCUCUUAAAAAGGGAUCAUCUACCUUCCCGGACCACAAGGUUAAGGUAACCCCGCUAGGUAACCCUGAUAGGCCCGCUGCGGGGCACACCGACAGAGAGAGAGAGUGUGAGGGCGAGGGUGAGGGCCCCCUGCUGCGCUGGCUGAAGGUGAACUUCAGCGAAGCCUUUAUUGCCUGGAUCCACAUCAAGGCACUGAGAGUGUUUGUGGAGUCCGUGCUCAGGUAUGGACUCCCAGUGAAUUUUCAGGCUGUGCUCCUCCAGCCACAUAAGAAGUCAUCCACCAAGCGUUUAAGAGAGGUCCUGAACUCCGUCUUCAAACAUCUGGAUGAAGUCGCAGCUGCAAGUCUAUUGGAUGCAUCUGUGGAGAUCCCUGGAUUGCAGCUCAGUAACCAAGACUACUUCCCUUACGUCUACUUCCACAUUGACCUUAGUCUUCUCGACUAGAACGAGCAGGCACCAGCCACUAAGCUUUCAUUUCAUGCAGACGACUACAGACACUCCUUCCCUCAGCCAGAAGAGUUCAUGUCCUACAGAAUUUAGAUUUUUUUAGAGAAACUGCUCACGAAAGUUAGUUACAGUUGUAUUUAUUUUUUUGUAAGUUACAAUAAAUGCUCUGUCCUUUGAGUUGUGUCUUCACUCAUAUUCUAACUUAAUUCCAAACUUCCUUUUUCCAAAUGUUUGACACAAAUGGGGACUGCCUACAAAUUGGGAGCCUGCUGCUGUAUUUCACGUCUUAAUGGACAUUUUGUGAGGACUUAGAAAUAACAUUAAAAACCUUGAGCUAACUGCAUCACCAGCUAUAUUCCCUAAUAGUCUGAUGGACCAAAGAGAAAAUAUUGGGGAUAGAAUGCAGUUCUCAAUUGACGACCUGUUGUUUUUCACCCUUCUAUAUAAACUCGCUUUACUUUUCAGACAUACAGCUGGAACCUGGCUUUGCAGGACACAUUUUAAAAUCCGUGCUGUGGGAGGCGUCCAGAUGGUGUCAUCUGAGUCCCAAGUUUAUAGAAAGGAAGACAUCAGGGUCAUCCCUUCAUAAUAUUAACUUAGUGGCAAAACAUCAGACUGAAUUUAUGAUGUGGACACUGAUUUCAUACAUUUGUUGGCAUUGUCCAAAAUAUUGUUUUAUUCUUUAAUGGAAAAAAGCCAUUAAUAUUCAAGUGAAAGAAUCACAUAAAAAACAUAUCUAAGAAACAGCCUCCAAGAACACUCAGCAGCAGUCAGCGGGAAGGAAAAGUGUUUCGACAGCCCAUCAGUUUUCCUCAAAACAUUACUUGACAGAACACAACCCAAUUCGCUGGCUACAAUUCAUAGAAUUUUUCAUUGUUUUCUUGAGAUGCAAAAGUUCACUGUUGCAGUGUUUUCAAAUGACCGAUCAAGUGCUACUUCUUGGUUCACAAGGCCACUGGCAGAUUCAUCUGAUUGUAAAGAAUGUUCCUUCACUGCUGGAAAAAUCCGCUCCC